GGCUGAUGCAAAUCCCCCAAAGUAGCUUCAGGGUUGUGUCUACAAGAGGUUACCUUUCGUUUCCCCUCACCCUGUCCUGACUACAGCUGGAUCUGAUUGAGACUCCCUUUCCCUUGCAGAAUUUGCAAGCUGGCAAAUGCAUGCAAUUGGGUGAAUUGGGGAGGGAAGAGGAAGGGGGGCUUCUGGAUAAGGUAUAAAGGCCUCCAGGAGGCCAAUGCUGCUUUAGGUUGGGUCUUUAGAAACAAGCAAGAUGGGACUGUCUUUGACAUUAGGUCUGGCUUUCCUUGGUUGGCUUCUCAGUGGGGUGGUUGCUUUCAACCUCUGGGAUUCCUCUGCGAGAAACCGGAUCUUCUGGCGACCUGUUCAGACGGCCCCACCAACCUGGCCACCCUACUCUCCUUCCUGGCCUGAGUCUGAUGUCUGGGCUUGGGUGGAUGCUUCACAGACUAGGGCUUUGUCCACUUUCACCCCUGUUUCAGUAAAGUGCGGGGAGGCCCAGGUGGUGGUGACAGUGAAGAGGGACCUGUUUGGCACCGGAAGGCUGAUCCAAGCAAGGGAUCUCAGCCUGGGGUCUUCCGGCUGCAAGUACACCUCCCUGGACGCUGUGAAGGAGGAGGUGAUCUUUGAAGCCAUGCUCCAUGAAUGUGGAAGUACUUUGCAGAUGACGCCGGAGUCCUUGGUCUACAGCAUCACCUUGUUCUACAAGCCCACCCCUGCUAGCAAUGCAGUGGUGAUAAGGACCAGCCCGGCUGAAGUCCCCAUUGAGUGUCACUAUCCAAGGAAGAGCAACGUCAGCAGCAAGGCUAUCCUGCCAACUUGGAUCCCCUUCAGCUCGACUCUUUCUGCAGAACAGAAGCUCAGUUUCUCCUUGCGCUUAAUGAACGAUGACUGGAGUUCUGAGAGACUCUCCAAUAGGUACCAGCUGGGGGAUGUUAUGAACAUCCAGGCAAACGUGAAUGGAGAGAACCAUGUAGCUCUGAGACUUUUUGUGGACAACUGUGUGGCCACCAUGAGCCCAGACAGCGAUUCCAGUCCCAGAUAUGCUAUAAUUGACUACCACGGCUGUCUUGUUGAUGGAAAAUCAGAUUCCAGCGCUACCUUUUUAUCCCCAAGGGUCACGGAAGACUCACUCCGGUUCACAGUAGAUGUCUUCAAGUUUACAGGAGACUCUCAAGACUUGUAUAUUACUUGCCACUUGAAAGUGACCGCUGUUGAACAGGUCCCCGAUCCUGUGAAGAAAGCAUGCUCUUUCAGCAAAGCAAGCAACGUGUGGAUUCCAGUGGAAGGUAAAAGGGACAUCUGUGGCUGCUGUGAAACCAGAAACUGUGGACCAACUGGUGGCCAGUCAGGGAGAGUCAAUCCCUGGGACAGAUGGUCUGGAGGAAGGCGAGUUGGCAGAGACGUGGCAGCCAGACGUGGUAUGUUCCACAAUGAGAAGCAGAAGAAAGAAGUGGAGACGGAUGUAACAUUAGGACCCAUCUUCCUCAUAGACGCAUACAUGGCUUCCAGAAGGUCCCUGAGCCACCAAAGCCAAACACUGGAGGCAACUGAAGAACAAGGGAGCUUUUCAACUCCUGCGCUGAUCGUGGGACUGGUUUUGAUGUCUAUCGCUAUGGUUUUAGCUCUGACUCUGGCAGUUCUCCUCUUGGCCAAGAAGCAUUCCAGCUCUCCUUAAGAUCUCCUAGUGAUGUAAUAACGUGAUGUUAAAAAAAUAAAGUAAAUGGAACUUG